CUUUCCACAAAUUCAGAUGUAGUUUCGGUUCAGUAAGAAAGCCUCAAGAACAAUCUUGUAGGAUUGAUUUCUCUUUCUCUUUUUUUUUUUACUUUUCUAAAUAAAUUCGUUUUCUUGGAACGACAAUCAUUCCUAUCAUCCAAAUACUCAUUCAUUUGACCUUCUGCUUUUAGAAAACCAGAAAUUACUAUUAUGUCUCGAGUGCUAGAGGAUUCCCAGUUCAUCGCUUUGAAUUCAAGAGAUGUUCAAGUGAACGAAGAAGGAUGUAAUCAAGUAGCUGCUUGGAUCGAACAACAGUUGGACACUUUAGGAACGAAAUUCUCAAAUUGGCAAGAUCAUGAGUUACACCCAAAGCUACAGGACUCUUCUACGUUGGAUUGGAUCUUCUUGAUUGAUAUCUUGAACUUUUCGUUUUGGUCAGACGCAGAUACCAAGGAUUCGGGCAACCAUCCUGCUCGAUUCGGUAUACGGUACAAAGGAAAGCUAUACAUGGGGUACUGGAGUCUUUGUGCUGCCGUUAAUAAGGCCUUAGACAAUAGUAUUCCAAUCACUACUCCUUCAUUUUACGCAGAUGAAGUUUGUUGUCCCGAUGACUUGAUUGCUUCCAUCUUUGCUAGUGACACAGAAGAACAAAUCCCUUUAUUAUCUGAGCGCAUACGAAUUAUGAGAGCUAGUGGGAAGGCGUUAGUAAAGUACUAUGGGGGACGAUUUGUUCAUCUCCUAGAGAAAUGCAAUCACAGCGCUCAAAAGUUUCUUGAAAUUCUCUUACGGGAUUUUCCCGAUUUUCGAGAUAUUUCUUUUUACAAAGGUCGUGAAUGUCACAUAUUGAAGCGUGCACAAAUAUUAAUAGCUGAAACAUGGGCAUGUUUCCAUGGACAAGGAUAUGGACAAUUUGACGAUAUAGAUAGCAUUACUAUGUUUGCUGAUUACCGAGUUCCACAAAUCCUUUGGCAGCUUGGAUGCUUAGAUUAUUCUCCUGAGUUUGGAAGUCGACUACGCAAAAGUGAAACAAUCGCUCAUAAUGACCCGAUGGAAAUAGAAAUGCGUGGAUGCAGUAUAUGGGCAGUUGAAUUGAUUCGUCUAGCAGUAAAUCGACCUAAUUUGAAUGCAAUUAUGAUAGAUUUUUUCUUAUGGGAUCUAGCAAAAGAAUGGCAAACUAUUGGAUAUUCCCCGAACAAAGAACGAGCAUUGAGCUCUGUUCCUUCAAUUCGAGUUCGAAGUAUAUAUUAUUAAAUUCAUUUAAAGAAAAGAAUUUUUUUAUUCUUUGUUAAUUAGGGUAUAGAGGGAAUAAAGGUUUAUUGCAACAGUACAAGAGACGGUGGUAUAUAUCAAUAUCAGAUAAAUUCAUUCCCUAGUUCUUGC